CCUAUAUAUACUCUUUUUUAGCUCAUCUGUCCCGUCUUCUCGUUCUCUAUCUUCAAUCUGGUUGGUUUCGCUUUCAAACCAUCUACUCUUCAAACCAUCUACUCUCCUUCAAUCCCGUUCCAACCUACUACUUCCUGGAUCCUCAGCCAUGGGUCAAGUCAGGCUUUUCCCCAACCGUCCCUCCGUGGAUAAGAACAAGGGCCACGACGCAGUCAGUGCCAUCCUGACCCAGCUCGAGACCUGGGCAAAGGAGCGCAUGGAUGAGGAGGGCAAUAUGGACCCCUGCAUUGACAAAUUCCUGGUCGGCGUCCUCAAGCUGGACCCUUCUCAACGCCAUCGCUUUUCACCGGACCUCGAGGCCGUCAAGGCCGCCAACGCCAGCGAAAUGCAGAGGCUCGCCUUCAAUUUGAAGACCAGCUUGGAUCAUCAAGUGCCAGGAUAUCUGGACUCGGCUCUCGAUGUUUUGGAUGACCCCAAGUUGAAACCAAAGUUCAGCCAGAGAUGGGACGCCGUCGGGAAGCAGCUUGACCAGCUAGACCCUACUGGCAGCUUUGGGGGAACUAUGCUGGAGACCCUGAUCGCUCUUCCUCAACAGCCUUCCAAAGGGAAGAAGAAAAAGACCACCGGAGCAUCCGCCCUCACGUCUGCUGCCUUUACUGAAGCGUGUCAGCAGUUGAGAGAGGCCAUAGAAAACGAAACCUCAUCUGCCUCCUUUACCUGUGGGGGCAUCAUCCCGAUCAACAGGACUGAGGGCCAUUCUGCUUCCGACAAUACCUCAUCCGCGGUGGGAGUGUACUGGAAAACCCAGGACAAGUCAACGACGCACUCGCUGGACCUGCCAGUUACAGACAAUCUCACUGGCCCUGUCGGAAGCCUCAUUGCCGAUUGCCAGCCUGCAAGCUUUGGUCGAGGAGGAGAAGAUAUUCUCGACCCGGAGUAUCGCAGGGCUGGAAAGCUGGACCCGGGUUAUUUUGCGACUACUUUCCACCCAGCAGAUUUCGGAAUCGUCGACAUCGUCGAGCGGACUCUGCUUCCUGAUAUCAGCAGCAUGCGGUCUCGGAAGCUCCGUGUCGAACUAUACAAGUUGAAUGUCUACUCUGGACCAUCCGGGCAUUUCCGCAAGCAUGUCGAUACCCCUCGCUCUGAGCAUCAGAUUGGGUCCUUGGUGGUUUGCCUGCCGUGCGAAUUCGAGGGAGGUAACCUGGUUGUACGCCACAAUGGACAGGAAACCAACUUUGACUGGAGCCCUCAGAGUGGCUCGACGAUCCAGUGGGCGGCCUUCUACUCUGACUGUGAACAUGAAAUUGAGACCAUCACCCGUGGAGACCGGAUCACUCUCACAUACAAUCUCUAUGUGAGAGACGUGACUGAGAUGACGGAGAGGGUUGAGGCCGAGAUCGGACUCAGCAGCACCAUCCAGCCAAGGUCAUUGUCACUGUAUGGUCUCGUCGAAAGCCUGCUCGGAACGCCGGGAUUUAUGAAAGAAGGUGGCGUACUCGGCAUUUUUUGCUCCCACGCUUAUCCCCACGCCUCCGAUAAGACUGGGCUUCAGCUUCCCCAAGCUUUCAAGGGGGCUGAUCUUGUUGUUUAUGCCGUGCUCAAAUCGCUCGGUUUCAAGGUCAGCGUGGUUCCUAUAUUGGAGUUAAAUGGAAGCUUCGGGCCUGGCAAUGAUGCCUUGGGUAUCACCGGGCAAAUCAAGGACGCGAAACUGCGCUACGAGCAUUCAUAUAGCCCUCGCCCAUCAUCCGGUAAGUUGACGUGGAUGCUGACGACACAACCUAUUUUAGAGGGUAUGGAUAUUUUCCGAAAUAAGCAUGACUUGCCCACACCUCCGGCUCGCUUCAACAAGGCCGAAGGGACCCGUGUUGGACCGGAGUUCCGGAAGUAUUUCACCACCGAAACAGGAGGAUGGGAAGAGGAAGAUAUUGAUGUGAUUGGCGCUGAGGUCUGGCCGUCAUACUACCUCCCCGGCAUCACUUGGAUCACCGAACCGAAACACGAGGAGAUGGCCUUUACACACAUGACCUACGGAAACGAAGCUGGGUUGGGUACUCGUUACUCGUGUGCUGCAAUCCUUGCUGUCAUUCCACCAUUCAGUGUCCGCAGCCAGCCCUCAGAAUAGAGGGAUUCUGGGGGAUCGGGCAGCAAAAGGGAGGAAGGGUGGCCAACCUAUCAUGGUAACCACAGAGAAAAAAGUUCUUGAAUCCCUGAUUACUGUGUUUUCGAUCACUGCUACGUUGUCUGCUUAACUUAGUGAGACUUAAGAAUGUAUCGCCUGGUAGUUUUCAC